AUGUUGUGCAAGAGUGUCCAGAGGUUCACCAUCUCCAUGGUCCGUCGCAGCCACUAUGAGGAGGGUCCAGGGAAAAAUUUGCCAUUUUCAGUGGAAAACAAGUGGCAGUUACUGGCUAUGAUGACCAUGUACUUUGGAUCUGGAUUUCCCACUCCUUUCUUUAUAGUAAGACACCAACUACUUAAAAAAUAAGG